UAAUCUCACAAAAGAAUCACCCAAAAACAUUAGAAACCUUCCAUCAGAUUACAUGCUGUUGCAGUGUGAGCAGCUUCUAGCGUCAAGGGUGGACGUGAUAUUUCAAACAUCAGAUCACUGCGUUUAUGUAUUGGGUGCCCGGAAAUUUUUCCAAAUAAACACAGCUUGAUUCAACUUGGGUGGGCAGACUUAUCAACAGACUAAUUCUAUAAACAAAUGAAGCAACAACCAAGCACACCAUUGGCUGGUACUGAGGAGACACGUGGAGAACGCUAGGAUUUUCGCAAUGAAAUUGUAAUUAAUGUGGGUGGGCUGAGAAUACAACGACUGUUUAUCAUAGACAAUUUAUUUUCCAGUGCUAAGUCAACAUAAAAUAGCAAACUUUCAACAAUUAUUUAACAUUUUAAAGCUCAUGAGGCAGGGACACAGCGGGAACAAGCUUGAAAAGCAGUGUGCACAGUCAGAGCUCUGGCUCGUUCCUGUGUUUUGUGCUGGACUGUGUUUCAUCUCCUUUUAUUUGAGCUUCAUUCUGAAAAGGUGGAUUUAACAAACCAGCUAUGAGCCACAUAUACAACAGUCGUGUGCAGCAACUUGGAGGCCAGCGUUCUGCUUUGAACUUAACCAAUUCUUCUAUGCUAUACGUGUAUGGAGGAGAGAGCGGCAUGUUGCCUGCUUUGGGCUUUACAUCAGGUAAUAUGGUGACGAGGCAGGAGCCACUUCAAAAGCCACCCUACAGCUACAUUGCUCUCAUCGCCAUGGCAAUCAAGAACGCGUCAGACCAAAAGGUUACCCUCAACGGCAUUUACCAGUUCAUCAUGGAACGUUUUCCUUUUUACCAUGACAACAAGCAAGGCUGGCAAAACUCAAUUCGGCACAACCUCUCUCUCAAUGAUUGUUUCAUUAAGGUACCCAGAGACAAGGGCCGCCCGGGCAAAGGGAGUUACUGGACCCUCGACACAAAAUGCCUGGAUAUGUUUGAAAAUGGGAACUACAGGCGUAGAAAACGAAAACCCAAAGCUCAUGGUUCUCUAGAGUCCACGGUUACCAAAAGGAGCAAAGUGAUAGGCGGGGAGGCAUCUGGCCCUGGUUCUCUUGGACAUGACUGUGAAAUCACAGCAGGAGGCCAGUUAUUUGGUGUUCCAGCAGUGACUGUCGGUACCUCGGGCACCAUUGAAGGACAACAACAGAAACCACACACCGACUCCAAAUGCAUGAUGAUUUUGUCAAAUGGGGAUCGCGCUAUAAAUAGGCUUUUGCAUUGUGCCAAGGUGCAGUACUCUUCAGCUGACCCGAAUUCUAACCCUGUAACCCAGGAUAAUACCUGGCCCAAAACCCCACCAUUCCCUCCUGUUACCAUUUCAGUGCCAUUAUUUCAAUCAAAGGAAAAUGCUUCAACCAAAGAGGAGAAGCCGAUAAGUCUUUCCAAAAAGGACGAUUCUAUAAAUAACUUGGCAACCGAGGACAGGACGUGCAGAGGGGCGGAUGAAAUCGCACAGACAUCUGCUACCCAGCAAACGCCUAACCCUGCUUCACGCUCGCCCAUUCAAAUGGCUACUGCAGGACAAACCAGUCAGAAAGGAAGGCCAGCAGUACCGACCAAAAGUACCGAUAGAUCAACAGGCUUUAGUAUAGAUAGUAUUCUGUCCAACAAAAGUAUUACUAAAGGCAAAGUUCGUGUAUCAACUAUAGGUUUAGACAGCCUACCUAGCAAAUAUGUUGGUGAUCUCACGGGAGGUACAUCAGAUUUCAUGAAUACCGCGUUAAUGUUUAAUGCACAACAAGUACCUGGUCGUUUUUAUCACAUUGGGUUUCCGUUGUAUCCUUACUUGCCUUUAACUUGCUCAGAACAAUUACUUAACUUUCACUAGACAUAAAUCUCUGGGAAAGCACAUAGUAUUGAAAUACAUUUUCAAUGUUCCUUGUAUUAUUAUUAUUAUUAUUAUUAUUAUUAUUAUUAUUAUUAUUAUUAUUAUAGCCAUAUGUAUCUAUUUCAUAUAAUUAAUCUAGAAUGCAUUUUAGCAGUGUAUUUCAAAAAUAUGUAAAGCUCGCUUUGGAAACAGUAAAACGUAAUUUUAAUGACCUGAAAUCUGCAACAGAGAAUAUAUUGUAACUGUGCAUAUAUAAAUGCUGCUUUAUUGCGUCAUUAUUGUCAGUAAAAUGUAUUGCUUGGUUAUCAUGCUAUACUAUUGCUCCUUAAAACCAUUUUUUGCAUUGGAGGCAUCAAACUAAAUAGUCUUAAACCGCUUGCUUAAAUUUAUUGUAAUGCAUGUCAACACAUCUGUACAUUUGUAUAUUCUUACUGUAUGAGAUAGAUUCCAGCUGUUAUGCGAGUCACAUUUUUUGUUUAUACAAUAGGUUUAAGAUGGAUUAUAUAGCCUACCGUUUGCUUUGUGUAUCGAAACUGCUCUAAACUGUGCACAAUCUAUAAUUAGAUUUUAUUAAGCACUUAAUUAUAAAAUAAUCGGUAUUAGUGGAUUUGUCUAUAAUGUCGUGUUAUAUAUAUUCAUUCAGUCAUUUUAUACCAAUACCUUCACUGCAAUCUGUUAUUCGAAAUGUAUGUUAAUAAUAACGAUUGCUACGCUAACAUGGUUGUAUUGUUUUUCUUAAGCAUCUAAUAAAAUAUUUUGGUUAAGAAAAUGUGUUUUUAGUAUGUUUGCUGUAUGUGUAAAAAAAAACUUUGUCCAUUUCUACAAGAAUUAUAAUAAACCAAAAAAAAAAAAAAAAAAAAGAAAUCUGGUUAUUUUUACAUACACAGCACCCUCGUUUGAACAUAAGCAAUGGAAGUUCCAAAACAUCCUUUCUAAACAUGCACUGAAAGUGACCGAGGACCUUUUUUCAAUGCAGACAUGAAUUUAAACAAAGAAUCGAUUCAUACAUUUCAGUUUCCCACAGAACCCCAGCCCAAGUUCCUAUGAAAUGAUUCCUUCACUUUCAAGGUAAUAUUUUCGCCACAAGAUCACCCAAUACGUGACCUGCAUUUUAAACCGUCAUCGUACAUGUGGGGAACUAUAGGCUACAGUACUUAUUUUUUAUUAACUAGCAAUGUAAAGCAAUUGUCAUUUAAAAUGACACCUUUAAAGUAAUAACGAUUAAUUACAGCUCCCAUAUAUAUAAAAAAUGCUAUAGUGCAAAAACUUUUUUUAUGGCAGUGUCGAUAGACAGAUUAACCUAAUCACAAUCAGCUUUAGUAGGGCUAUGUGUUAUUUAUUUAUUACAACUCAGGGAAACUAAUAUUGUAUAAACAGAUAGACUGGUAUAUGUACAGAUGAAACACUGUUCUUGACGCCUAAUUUUACUUGCUUGGGGUUAAAAAGGAUCACCUCUGGGGUGGAAAAAUAAAUUACAUGAAAGCCAAAAAAAAAUAAAUAAAAAAUAAAAAAACUACAACUUGAUGUCAUGAAUACUGCAGUCCUACUAAACAACAAACACAAUUAAUAAAACAUUCCAGUCGACUGACAAAAACGUUAUUGUUCUUAUGUGUUUCUUGCCAUCAAAUAUCUGAUUUAAAAUGAACUCAAAUAUAUUAAUUAAAACUUUUGAUCAGAUUAAACUUUGAAUUAUUAACGAGUAACGAGUUGCUGAUAUAUGGUAUUCCCAUAUCCGUAGCUGUUUGGUAACAUAUGCUAUAUGGGGACUAAUGUAAAAGGUUUUAAUAAAUCGUGUGAAGUGCAUUUCGAAACAGCCCAACUGGGUCCUGCAGGCGAUGCUACAAGAAUGUGGAACCUGUCCAAUAACACAGUCCUAUAAAAAUAAUCUAAAACCAGUUGUAUGGGAAGGGUUUCAAACUCACAUCAACUACAUUUAACCAUUUACGAAAACUACUUUAUUCACGUGUUACAAUUGACCCCAUAACCAUUAGAUGAACUAUAUUUGGGCACAUGAAUCUUGCCCUGAAGGAAACAAAAUGUUCAUAUAUCACAAUUGUGACUCAGAGCGACAUAUUCUUGCUUGAUAAGGACUAUAAUUGUAUGGAUGUUAAAAAGUUUUAAAAGUAGGACAAAAAAAAUGCCUUAUGUGAACAUUUUGAUUUUUCAAUAAAGAUAUUCAGUUUUUUAGUUAAAUACAAACAUAUUUCCUUCAUGUGAAAAUUGAUCUCAUUCAAUAAAACAUUUAAUUCUUGUGUUAAAUUAAAUGUGUUGUUGUUUAUUUAAUUAUUCUUCACAGAAUGUUACAUCUGACCCCACCACCUGUUACAACUGACCCUGGAUAUGGGGUCAAUUGUAACAUCGGA